AUGAGCACCUCAUCAAAUAGUACGAAUUCGUUUAGUAUAGGACUUUCUCGAAGUUUGACCAAUCAGGCUCCGGAUCUGGGACCGUCCAUAGCAUUCACCGUUCUUUUCGGCAUUUCGUCUAUGUUAUAUGCGUAUCGAAGCUAUAAACACCGUCGUCUAGCGUACUACUAUCUCUUUGGCUUCACCAUUCUUCGUACAGCAACAUACAUUUCUCGCGCUGUCUGGUCUCAAGACAAGAGUUCAUCUACAGAUGCUAUAGUUGGUGGUGUCAUCGCGGCAGGUGGAUUUUUCUUAGCCGCUCAAUCGUUAUAUGUUCUCUUUACUGUUUGGGUUGCAAAACUGUUCGGUGGCCUCGAUAAUCUCCCAAGAGGUGUCCAGAUGCGCGUACGACUUUUGAAGAUCUUACUCCCCCUCUCAUCAAUAAUCGGUAUAGUUGGUGCAGUAAAACAAUUCAGCGCGACAUCGAUAGACGACUAUAAUUUCGGUACAGCAAUGAGAAAAGCAUCUAUUUUAGGAUUCGCAAUUCUUUUGGUAUUACUUAUGUUUUCAACGAUACUAUACACUGUUCUAAAAGGCAGAGGGCAUAAUAACGUGACAGUUGUGCUGAUUCUGUGCAUAGGAAGUUUGCUAUUAAUGGUCGAGCUAAUAUAUCGAAUCAUCUCGCUUUGGAGUGAUUCGACGGCGGAUGUCAACACGAAAAAAUGGGUAUUUUAUGUAUUUCUAUCUAUUCCCGAGUUUCUGUUUUGCGCCUUUAUGGGGAUAGCAAAUCUAGAAAAAGUUUUUUACACUGACGCUAGUGCUAAUGAUAUUGAUAGUGAGAAAGGAGGGAACUAG